GAGUCGGAAGCCAGUCCGCCGCCGACCCGGCCGGGGCGCACGGAGAGCGCGCAGCCCUCGCUGCUGCAGCGGCGGCCGGGCCGCGGCGCAUCCGGGCGGGGACCCGAGGCGAGUCCCACGCGGCGCCCCGGAGCCGCCGGCAGCGGCGCCCGCUCCGGAGAAGCGGAGCCACCGAGGGGCCCCGGCGACUGGCGUCGGCGCGGCGCUGAAGCUCCGCGGCGGCCACCUCGGCGUCGCCGCCCGUCCCUACCGGGCCGGGUCCCAGAGCCGUCGGGCAUGGAGCCGUGGAAGCAGUGCGCUCAGUGGCUCAUCCACUGCAAAGUACUCCCCGCCAACCAUCGGGUGACCUGGGACUCGGCGCAGGUGUUCGACCUGGCGCAGACCCUCCGCGAUGGAGUCCUGCUCUGCCAGCUGCUUAACAACCUGCGGGCACACUCCAUCAACCUGAAGGAGAUCAACCUGAGGCCUCAGAUGUCCCAGUUUCUCUGUCUGAAGAAUAUCCGGACAUUUCUGGCUGCCUGCUGUGAGAUGUUUGGAAUGAGGAAAAGUGAACUUUUUGAAGCAUUUGACCUAUUUGAUGUUCGUGACUUCGGAAAGGUUAUAGAAACACUGUCUCGGUUAUCCCGCACACCAAUUGCUUUGGCCACAGGAAUCAGGCCCUUCCCUACUGAAGAAAGUGUAAAUGAUGAAGACGUCUACAAAGGCCUUCCCGACUUAAUAGACGAGACCCGCGUGGAGGAUGAAGAGGACCUCUAUGACUGUGUGUACGGAGAGGAUGAAGGUGGAGAAGUCUACGAGGACUUGAUGAAGGCGGAGGAAGCUCAGCAGCCUAAAUCACAAGAAAAUGAUAUACGGAGUUGUUGCCUAGCAGAAAUUAAGCAGACAGAAGAAAAAUAUACAGAGACUUUAGAGUCAAUAGAAAAAUAUUUCAUGGCACCGUUGAAAAGAUUUCUGACGGCAGCAGAAUUCGAUUCAGUAUUUAUCAACAUUCCUGACCUUGUAAAAGUUCAUCGGAGCUUGAUGCAAGAGAUCCAUGAUUCCAUUGUAAAUAAAGAUGACCAGAACUUGUAUCAAGUUUUUAUUAACUACAAGGAAAGAUUGGUUAUUUAUGGGCAGUACUGCAGUGGAGUGGAGUCGGCCAUCUCUAACCUAGACUACAUCUCUAAGACAAAAGAAGAUGUCAAACUGAAGUUGGAGGAAUGUUCCAAAAGAGCAAAUAACGGGAAAUUCACUCUGCGUGAUUUGCUGGUCGUGCCCAUGCAGCGUGUGCUGAAGUACCACCUCCUCCUUCAGGAACUGGUCAAACACACCCAUGAUCCUACCAAGAAGGCAAACCUGAGGCUGGCUCUGGACGCAAUGAAGGACUUGGCACAAUAUGUGAAUGAAGUGAAAAGAGAUAAUGAGACCCUUCGUGAAAUUAAGCAGUUUCAGCUAUCUAUAGAAAAUUUGAACCAGCCGGUCUUGCUCUUUGGACGACCUCAGGGAGAUGGUGAAAUCCGAAUAACCACACUGGACAAGCAUACGAAGCAGGAAAGGCAUAUCUUCUUAUUCGAUUUGGCAGUGAUUGUUUGUAAAAGGAAAGGUGAUAACUAUGAGAUGAAGGAAAUAAUAGAUCUCCAGCAGUACAAGAUAGCCAACAAUCCUACCACUGAUAAAGAAAAUAAAAAGUGGUCUUAUGGCUUCUACCUCAUCCAUACCCAAGGACAAAAUGGGUUAGAAUUUUAUUGCAAAACAAAAGAUUUAAAGAAAAAAUGGCUGGAACAGUUUGAAAUGGCUUUAUCUAACAUAAGGCCAGACUACGCAGACUCCAAUUUCCACGACUUCAAGAUGCACACCUUCACUCGGGUGACGUCCUGCAGAGUCUGCCGGAUGCUCCUGAGGGGAACAUUUUAUCAAGGCUACUUAUGCUUUAAGUGCGGAGCAAAAGCACACAAAGAAUGUUUGGGAAGAGUAGACAAUUGUGGCAGAGUUAAUUCUGUUGAACAAGGGCCAUUCAAACCACCAGAGAAGCGGACCAACGGACUCCGGCGAGCUCCCAGACAGGUGGACCCAGGUUUGCCGAGGAUGCAGGUCAUUAGGAACUACGCUGGCACCCCGCCCCCAGCUCUUCAUGAAGGACCUCCACUGCAUCUCCAGGCAGGGGACACUGUUGAACUCCUGAGAGGAGAUGCACACAGCGCCUUCUGGCAGGGACGAAACUUAGCUUCAGGAGAGGUUGGAUUUUUCCCCAGUGAUGCUGUCAAACCAUCUCCGUGUGUACCUAAACCAGUAGAUUAUUCUUGCCAACCCUGGUAUGCUGGCCCAAUGGAAAGAUUGCAGGCAGAAACGGAGCUUAUUAACAGGGUGAAUAGUACUUACCUUGUGAGGCACAGGAGCAAAGAGUCUGGAGAAUACGCAAUCAGCAUUAAGUACAAUAAUGAAGCAAAACACAUCAAGAUUUUAACAAGAGAUGGCUUUUUUCACAUUGCUGAAAAUAGAAAAUUUAAAAGCUUAAUGGAGCUUGUGGAGUACUACAAGCACCACUCUCUUAAAGAAGGGUUCAGGACCUUAGAUACGACGCUACAGUUUCCAUACAAGGAGCCAGAACAUGCCGCCGGACAGAGGCCUAAUAGAUCAGGCAACAGCUCCCCUCCUCUGUUCUGUGGCUUUUCUUUUGUAACUCCUCCAGACUACAGCUUUGUCCCCCCUUCUUCCACUCCUUUCUGGUCAGUGCUAAGUCCCAAAGUACUGGGCAUUGCCAUCGCUCGGUAUGACUUCUGCGCAAGAGACAUGCGGGAGCUCUCCCUGUUGAAAGGGGACAUGGUGAAGAUUUACACAAAGAUGAGUGCAAACGGCUGGUGGAGAGGAGAAGUAAAUGGCAGGGUGGGCUGGUUUCCAUCCACAUAUGUGGAAGAGGAUGAGUAAAACACAACCCAGUCUUUCACCCUGCACCGAAAUUGCAAAGAAGAGAGCGACAGAAGCCUGCACCGCAUUAUGAGUUAACUGAAGUGUUUUAAAAGCAGCAUUUCUGGCUGUUGAACAUUCUCCUUUUUCUCCUCCUAAGUCUUAAUGCUGGGAUUUCUAAAGAUGCUGGUACUGACAGAUUAAUGGCUUGCCUAGAGCAGUGCAAGAAACAGCCUGCCAGUCUGUCAUUGACAGGAACCAGGAAAAACCAACCACUUUUCUUCCCCAAAGAGCCCUGCAAACACAUCGGAUCAUCUUUCUCUUACUUCGUUGGGUCAGACACCAUGGAUGCCAGCCAUUAGGAAAUGUUCCAUCAUAUAUACUUUGUUCUCACAGUUUUUGAUGAUACAAAGAAACAGAAGUUUAAUUUUGCUUUUUCCCAGCAUGAAGAAAAAGUAGAGUUCUGCCAUCUGGGACAGAUCCAGCUUGCUGGAAAGAUCUAGCAUUUCUCGUCUUAAAUUGUUCAACAGGUGACUCAUUGCCUGGCAAACACUUUUAUCCCCAGAUGUUACUCAUGAUAAAAUAAAAGAGGCUCAUGCUCAGGUUUGCAUCAUAAGUGAUAAAUUACAGAGAGGGUUUUAAUUAUUCAUUUGAUGUCCUGAUUAUAUUUCCACACUUCUUUAUAAAGAAGAAAAAGAAAAGCACAUGAAAGGAAGUGUCUUUGUAUUAAAGCCUCACAACUUUCAUGAUUUCAUAGGGUGUUUUGGAAAUGUCACGCUUGACAAGAGAAUUAUGGCCAGGCAGACCAUGCUUAGUUGCCAGGAAUCCCAGAGAGGUAGAGGUGUUUGCAGAGACAGAUGAAGGGCUGUAACGCAUAGGACGUCAUUAUAUAGCUGUCAUAGCUAUUAACACAAAUUUUUCCUUACCCCUCGAAAGACCCAGGGGAUAUUUGCUGAUUUCCACUUUUUUUUUUAAUAGUAGCACAAAAGAGCUUUUUCGAGGAUUUGGGAAGACAAGCACACUUAGCCCUCAAUACCUUUCUGGGACUUCUGUGUUCUCUAGGCUCCUCUAUUUUUCCUUCUGAAGCCGUUUAGCUAUGUCUUAUUCAGUCGGGAGAUCCAUUCUGCAGUGUGUUUCUUUCACCAAGCCUCCACUGUGCUCUGUGAGGAGUCUAAGUAUCUUCCUCCUGGGAUGUAUGGAGUUCCUACUUGAGGCAGUCAAGUUAAGAUACUAACUUGCCUCUUCCAUGGUGGACUCUUUCUUUCAUAGCAGUAGCUGUGCUAUGACAAGAUUCAGAAAAAUAUUCAUGCUUGGGCAAAAGAAAAAAAAGUAUUUUUAUCUUAGAAAUGACCUAGAAAUUUUUGGUCACCUCUGACAUGAGGGGGCUGUGACAGCUUGUUCUCUCUCAGCUCACAGGAGUGCCAGAAUUUGUUUGGUGGACACAUCUCCCUCAAGGAGACCCAAUGCAUGGGGGCGAGGACUUCUCCUUUAAAUAGACUCGAGACCUUUACCUCAGAAUUAUGUAAACUGUGAUUGUGUUUCAGAACCAUUGAGCUUUUGUAUAUGUGUAUGUGGUCAUGAAAAUGUAUUUUAUAAAAUGUCUGUACAGUCAGCUUGUGCUGGCAAGCUCUGCUCUUGGGAUGGAUUCCUACCUGUAAGGUCUUAUCUGUGUCUUGGGGAUGUUUUGUCUGUUACUGUCAGCAAGGGUUGCUAUGGAGAGUACAGCUUCCCACAGAUUGAAACACUCCUGUGUACAGUAUUGUAGCAUGUAUUGUUCAUUUCGGUCAAUAGACUCCCUGCCUCACAAGUGGUAUGUGGUCUUCCUGUUGCAUUUCAUUGGCCUCAGAGUUUCAUAGCAGGGGACAUAAAGAGCCUCAUUUCAUGACAUUACCAAUGAGAACUUUGUCUACAUUUAAUACUUUGUAUUGAAGAUUUUAAAUGUCACGAUCUGUGUAGAUUUCUAAUACCAAAGACAGACGUAAGUGUUUUCCAUGGACUUUGUCGUGCCUGUUUGUAGCCCCCGUGUAAUAUGGUGAGUUAGAAUGGUGGUUUACUUUGUAAUAUUUGUAAAUAUGUCAAUAAAAUAGUUACUACUUGCAUUAA